GGGAUGCGUCCGGCGGCCGAGUGCCGGCUGCUGCCAGGAGCCGGGGGCAGGCGGGCGGGCAGGGGGGCUCCCGCCGCCGCCGCGGCUCGGCGCCGCCGCCGCGGCUGGGAUUAGGCUCCCGCUGGGCUGCGAUGCGGAGCGGCGGGGCGGGCGCGGCGGGGCCCAGCGGGAGGGCGUGGGGGGCCGCCCGGCGCUGAGGCGGGCGGCGGGCGAGGAGCCGCCGGAGCUCUCCAGGGUGCUGGGGUGCUGCCCUCCCGAGCCCGCCGAGCCGCGCCGUCCGAGCCCCUCCGAUGCCUCCGACACCGCCGCUCCCGGGCUCCGCCGCGUCUCCGAGCAGCAUGGCCCGGAUUAGGUACCUCCGCGCGGCUGUCUCGGGGUUUUAUCUGUGGGAAGCUGCGCUACUGCUCAGCUUGGUAGCCACGAAGGAAACAGACAGUGCAAGAUCUCGUAGCAUGCCAAUGUCACCCUCCGAUUUCCUGGAUAAGCUAAUGGGUAGGAUGUCAGGCUAUGAUGCGAGGAUCAGACCAAAUUUCAAAGGUCCUCCAGUUAAUGUCACAUGCAACAUAUUUAUAAACAGCUUUGGAUCCAUUGCAGAGACAACCAUGGAUUACCGAGUGAACAUCUUUCUCCGUCAGAAUUGGAAUGAUCCACGCCUCGCAUACAGUGAAUAUCCAGAUGACUCUUUAGAUUUAGAUCCAUCCAUGCUGGAUUCAAUUUGGAAACCUGAUUUGUUCUUUGCUAAUGAAAAAGGUGCCAACUUUCAUGAAGUUACAACAGAUAAUAAGUUGUUGCGGAUUUUCAAAAAUGGAAAUGUACUUUAUUCCAUCAGAUUGACUUUAAUACUUUCCUGUCCGAUGGAUCUCAAAAAUUUUCCAAUGGACGUGCAAACAUGUAUAAUGCAGCUGGAAAGCUUUGGAUACACAAUGAAUGAUCUCAUUUUUGAGUGGCAAGAAAAGGGAGCGGUUCAAGUAGCCGAAGGUCUCACUCUGCCACAGUUUCUGUUGAAAGAAGAAAAGGAUUUAUGUUACUGCACCAAGCAUUACAAUACAGGAAAGUUUACGUGUAUUGAAGUCCGGUUUCACCUUGAGAGGCAGAUGGGUUACUAUCUCAUCCAGAUGUACAUCCCGAGCCUCUUGAUCGUGAUUCUCUCCUGGGUGUCCUUUUGGAUCAAUAUGGAUGCAGCUCCAGCCAGAGUGGCUUUAGGCAUAACAACUGUACUGACCAUGACAACACAAAGCUCAGGUUCACGAGCAUCUCUUCCAAAGGUGUCAUACGUCAAAGCCAUUGACAUCUGGAUGGCGGUGUGUCUGCUCUUUGUAUUUUCUGCACUUCUGGAGUAUGCGGCUGUUAACUUUGUGUCGAGGCAGCAUAAAGAGCUUCUGCGGUUCCGGCGCAAGAGGAAGAAGAGCAAGCAGGAUGAUGAUACACGUGAUAGUCAGUUUAGCAUUACAGCAUAUGGAGUGGGCCCAUGUGUGCCAGCAAAAGACGGAAUAACACAAAAGGGGCCAAAUAAUCCUGUUCAAGCUGUACCAAAAAGCCCUGAUGAGAUGAGAAAGGUGUUCAUUGACCGGGCCAAGAAGAUAGACACAAUAUCCAGAGCUUGUUUCCCAUUAGCCUUUCUGAUUUUCAACAUUUUUUACUGGGUAAUCUACAAAAUCAUCAGGCACGAGGACAUUCACCAAUAACAAGAUUUACGCUUGCAGUACAUAAAGAUUUGGCUGUCACACUCAACAGGAGGUUUUUCGUUAGAAAUGCACCUCAGAAAAUUGAUUGGAAGAGUUGAAAGCAAUGAUGGGGAGAGAGAGGAUCCUGCACGGCCUAAAAUGACCAGCUACACUGGGAUGGAAGAAUGGCACCCAGAGAAGAUACAUCUGCUAUUGCAAACUCUCCUUGUCAAACUAAAUAUUUACAACUUUUUCAUUGAAAAUCACUCUCUACUGAAGCUUUACUGCCAAGUAUUUAUACAUACUGUUACAUAGUGGUAUAACUGUACAGUAUUCUUUGAUGGUCCUUAAUUUUUUUUAAUUCUGGUGUAUUUUUAAUUUUAAAAAUGUUUCCAGAAUAAUCUAGGUGAAUCCCACAGUGUUACAGAAUAGAUUAGUGUUUGUAAGUUUUAUUUUAAUUUUACAA